GUCAUUAGAGGGAGUAGUCGAGUUUGGAAGGGUUCAUCGUAUUGUUAUUACAAGCAACUGGGAGGAUGGUUGACAACUUCGUGGGGACCUGGAAAAUGAUUUCCAGCGAGAAUUUUGAUGACUACAUGAAAGCUUUGGGUGUUGGCUUCGCGACCCGGCAGGUAGGAAACCGUACCAAGCCGAGUCUGAUCAUCAACUUGGACGAUGUAGGAAUGAUCUGCGUAAAAUCUCAGAGUACAUUCAAAACCGUUGAGAUUAAAUUCAAACUCAACGAGCCUUUCGAGGAAACAACUGCCGACGACAGAAAAACAAUGACUGUUUUUACUCUUGAAAAUGGCAAACUUGUGCAAAAACAGACCUGGGAUGGCAAAGAGACAACAAUAGAGAGAGAAGUGACUGGUGAUGGAAAGUUGAUAGCGAAAUGCAUAAUGGGGGAUGUGGUAGCAGUGAGGACGUAUGUGAAGGAGGCAUAAUGGGACUCAAGACCAUUUUUUUCGAUGGAUGGAUUGGAUGACGACAGGCUCAGUUCAAUGAGCAACAAAGCUAAAGUUACAGCACGUAUUGCUCAUAUUCUUCAUUGUUUUGCCAAAGCAAAUGUAUGCAUUGUACUACUCGAGUAUGAUACAUUUGGUUAUAAAUAUUGUUUUGAUUUGAAUAAAAACCUUACAAUUCC